AUGAAUCUCUGGUUCUUCACCCUUCUCGCUCUCAUCAGCCUCCAACUAGCUCCCGUUCAUUCCGACAAUCACGUUCAAUCCAAGUGCGGAAGAAGAGCGCUCGAGCAUAUUCAGAGCAUCUGCCCAACAGACGCCGAUGGAAACUUGUGUUUAACUGGAGAGUUCCCAAUCACCAAGUAUUGUGCUCAGGGACUCACUGAUUCCGAAAUAUAUGAUUUAUGUUGCCCAACCAACGAGCAUCACUAA